CUAUCUUUUUCCUUUUUUGCCCUCAACUUUCUUUUUUAUCAAUGACACUUCUUACUUCCUGGAAGUGUAAAGGUGAAGUCCACCUUGUGAUAGGAGGCUCAAAUGCAUCUGCUCUCCGUAUAAACUCUGCUUGUGAAGCUGGUGCAAAUGUAAAAGUUAUCUGUGAGGAAUCAUUGGAAAACUUACCCAUCACCAUUAGAACCACAUUUGACUUGUACCCAACACAAGUUGAAUUACUCAAUAAGAAGUUUGACGUGCAAGACUUGACCACCUUGGGAAGACCAGAGGUGGCAAACGUAGUUGAUAAAGUCUUUGUGUCAUUACCAAUCAGUGAAUAUUCCACCAAAAAAUUGAUCUAUGAUGAAUCUCGGAAAUUAAGAAUACCUGUCAAUGUUUCCGAUUCUCCAGAGCUUUGUACAUUCACCUUAUUAUCCACCUUCACCUCCGGUGACUUCCAAUUGGGGGUGUCCACCAAUGGAAAAGGUUGCAAAUUGGCGUCUAGGAUCAAACGAGAAUUGGCUGCAACGUUACCACAAAAUAUUGGAGAAGUAUGUAAUAAGGUUGGAGAGCUUCGUAAGAGAAUCCAAGAGGAAGAUCAACUCGAAGAAACUACCAUUGGAGAACAUGAUGACGAUGCAGUGCAUAGUAAUAAAUUGAAUGCCUUGGUUGAAGAGUUCAACAUGACCAAAGAACAAAAUAAACUUCAAAGAACUAAAUGGCUUUCCCAGAUUGUGGAAUAUUUCCCAUUGAGUUCAUUGCUGGAGAUCUCUCUUGAUGAUUUGACCAAUGCAUACAAAAACACCAAAAUUGAAAUGGCUGCGAAAAUUGACUCCAAGGUAAACUCCAGUGGGGUAGUGGCGAAGAAGGGGAAGAUUUCUCUUGUGGGAUCUGGACCUGGAUCGGUAUCUCUUUUAACCUUGGGUGCUUUGCAGGAGAUUUACAGUGCCGAUCUCAUCUUGGCUGAUAAAUUGGUGCCACAACAAGUUCUUGAUUUGAUACCAAGACAAAGAACAAAACUAUUCAUUGCUAGGAAAUUCCCUGGUAAUGCUGAAAGGGCUCAAGAGGAACUUCUUUCGCUUGGCCUUGAAGCCUUACAAAACGGUGAAAAGGUUGUGAGGUUGAAACAAGGUGACCCAUACAUUUUCGGCCGUGGAGGUGAAGAGUACAAUUUCUUUGCGGAACAUGGGUUUGUACCACAAGUAUUGCCAGGAAUAACCCUGGCCUUGGCAGCACCGGUGCUAUCCAACAUUCCAGCAACUCAUAGAGAAGUGGCUGAUCAGGUCUUGAUCUGUACUGGUACAGGUCGUCGUGGAGCAUUGCCUAAUUUACCUGAGUUUGUUAAAUCUAGAACAACUGUUUUCCUUAUGUCAUUACAUAGAGUGGUUGAUUUGAUUCCAAAUUUGAUAAAGGAAAAGGGUUGGGAUCCAGAAUUGCCCGUUGCUGUAGUGGAACGUGCAUCAUGUCCUGAUCAACGGAUUAUCCGUACACGUCUUGGAGAUGUUGCAGAAGCGGUUGAAGCAAAUGGGUCUAGACCACCGGGUUUGCUUGUUACUGGUUAUGCAUGUGAGGUGAUUGAAAAGGCUAAAAUAGAAGGUAACUCCAAAUGGACAGUUGAAGAGGGAUGGAAUGGGGGCCAUUCGAAUUUUAACCCAUUAUUAGAAUUGAUUGAAAAAGUCCAAGAGAAAUAAUCAAAGAGGAUAUUAUUUAUUGCUCUAAUAGAAUAAAAUUGAGCUAGAAUAGAAUAGAAUAGCAUAGAAUAGAAUAGAACUGCCGUUCAU